AUGUCUCCCACAAUUAAUCCAACUAGUUCCACAAUUUCAACUGAAAUAUCUGCAACAACCACAGGACUUUCAUCAAUACCUUCAAGUUCUACUCAAAUAACAACAUCUCCCAAAACUAUCCCCACAAGCUCUACAAGAAUUCCUUCAAUACCUUCAAGUUCUACUCAAAUAACAACAUCUCCCAUAAGUAUUCCCUCAAGCUCCACAAUUUCAACCGAAAUAUUUGCAACUACCACAGACAAUCCUUCAAUUCCUUCAAGUUCUUCUCAAAUAACAACGUCUCCCACAAUUAUCCCCUCAAGCUCCACAAUUUCAACUGAAAUAUUUGCAACUACCACAGUUACCUCAGGAAUAAGUAUAUCCUCACUCCCUACAAGCUCCACUGAAAUAUCUACAUCAGCCACAGUCCCCUCAAGUUCCUCAGUUUCACCUGAAAUGUUCUACAAAUUCUACUCAAAUUUCUACAUCACCCACAAGUGUGUCCUCAGCACCUGCAAGCUCUACUGA